AUGAAGAGCGCCACUAGUUGGAGCAUUAGAGAUGGGAGAUCAACAGGGUUCUGGACACACCCUUGGCUGGAUAAUAACAUCAUUCUCGAAGAAUACCUGCUGGCUGAUCUCAGUGAGGAGGACAGGUUGUCACCGGUCGCCUUCUGGAUCAAUGACGAGGGAGAUUGGGAUUGGCCGAGACUUAGAGGGCUGCUCCCAGUGGAUAUCCUAGCACUGAUUGCUGAAGACUCUCGCCUGGCAGAACAUUGUGAGAAAGCCAAGGAAAACGUGGCAAGAGCACAGCGGACUGCUGUACGAGAAGAUCAAAUGUUGAAGUCGGAUGGAGGCCCCCCAGGAAGGCUGAUACAAGUGCAGACUGACGGCUCAGUGCACCCUAACACGAAGCAAGCAGCAGCAGGAGGGUUGUUGAGAGAUCAUCUGGGACGCUGUGUGGAGGCGUUUGUCUGCAACCCGGGAUCCUGCUCGGUCACCCGCGACGAGCUUCGUGGAGCGACUGAAGGAUUGAAAAGAGCCUGGACAAGAGGAUACAGGAAAGUGGAGCUGAACUUGGACUCGUCCACAGCAAUCGCAAUUAUCAAAGGCGGAUCUUAUUUGAAUGUCAGGCAUGGGCUUGCAGCCUGCCAAAUUGGUCAGCUUAUUGAUCGGGACUGGGAUAUUUCUGUUAAUCAUGUUAAUAGGGAAAGCAAUGUCGCUACCGACUUUCUUGCGAACAAGGGUCAUAGCUAUCCUUUUGGAUCACAUUAUUUUGAUGCGUUACCCUUGGAGGAUCUCGACGAAUCUCCAGCCUUCACGCAGUCCGCUGCGUCUGAUGACGCGUCUUCGAUCAAUCGGAGACCUAAUGAUUUAAACACAGCAGGCUUCGUUACUUUCAACAUCUCUUCCUAUUCGAGAAAGGAGCUGGUGGAGUUGAAGGAUCGAUUUGUGGCUGAGCUGGAGCAGAUUCGUCAAUUGAAGAGCCGCAUCGACUUGCCGCUUGAUUUUCAGAUCAGAUCCAGCUCAAAUUUUCACAACAAGAAACUAAUUGGUGGCCCAAACAGUAACAAGAAGAUACUGGGAAGCAAGAGGCCUUUCCCUGUUACGGGUUCGACUUUUGGGGCCCAAGAUUUCAAGAGAGCGCAACACCCAGAUAACUCGCAAUUGAUGAAGAAGUGCGUCCAGAUCCUGUCCAAAUUGAUGAAACACAAGUUCGGGCACAUAUUCAAUGCUCCUAUGGACGUCGUUGGAAUUCAGCUUCAUGAUUACCACGACAUAAUCAAAGUGCCCAUGGAUUUGGGUAUGGUGAAAAAGAAAUUGGCGAGAAACCUCUAUGAUUCGCCGCAGGAUUUUGCUGCCGAUGUGAGACUGACCUUCAACAACACGAUGAGGUACAAUCCUAAGGGUCACGAUGAAUUGCCCGUCAAUGAGAGAAUGGGCAUUGAAUAUGAGGCCAAGAAGCCAAAGAAAGGUGAUGCUGGCGAAGAAGACGUGGACAUAGGUGAUGAAAUGCCAAUGAGCAGCUUUCCGCUUGUGAGAUAGGGAAGGACAAUGGCCAUGCCAGUAGUAGGUUCUAGCAGCUCCAGUAGUUCCAGCGAUGAUUCUUCCUCCUCCAGUGGUAUAAAACAACUCCUAUGAUUGGGAAUGAAAAGAGUGGGUUUGUGAUGCCCAUCCUUGUGCUGCUGAAAAACACUAACUGUAACUUGGAUAUGCUAUUCCGACUCAAGGAGCUCUUCUGGGAGUGAUUCGGAGGAUGGUAACUCAUAGUACUAUAUCCAUAGCAUGAUCAGAACCAUUGUGGAUGAGAUUCUGGCAAUUACAGGUUCGGGGCGGGGCGGGUUAGAGGAUUCUGGAGGUGUCUUGCACAAGAAUGGAUGAAAAGAUGCAGUAUGAUAUACUGGUCAGUCUGUUCUGGUUGUGGAUUGAUUGCAUUUGAGAUGGUAUGGUGUGGUAAUUUGAUAGAAUCUAUUAUUGUGACAGGUUUGUUUGGAUUGGUGGACGAACUAAUGGAAGCUGGGCAGUGUUGAGUAAAAGGAAACAAGGUGAAUUCUUCUGAGUUUGUUUUGUACAGGAAAAGCGGAUGAGCUAGUGUAUAAAGGGAGGAGCCAGCCAGCAGUGGUCCAGCUGGUUUAAGUUAGUGUAGGAGGGUAGUUAGAAGAUCUUUUUUUUUGAUAUUUUUGGCGUGAUCUGGUUGGAGGAGUAGUAGGGAGUAGUAGUGGUGGUGAUGACUGAUGAGUGCGGCGAAUGAUAGGUUAUGGUUAGAGAUGUGUGGGUGGGUGUUCAGAAAGAGAGAUGGAGGACUUGGGUUAUUCGGAUAACAUUUUGUAUACAUAACUACAAGUCAGUUGGAAUACAAAUUGACCACCGUGGUGGCUUGCAACCAGAGUUUGUUGAUGUGUCCAUGUUUUUUGAUUUUGGCGCAGGGAUAGCCGUUUAUAUUUUGAGCUGUUGUAGGGUAAGAGUUGGGAAGGAGGAGCGCUUUUUUGCGAGGUGUUGUGUCUGUUUGAGAGAUGAAGAAGAAGAGUGUUAGGAAAGGGAACAUCAAAUAUGAUAUCUGUAUGUGAAGUUGAUUUCUCUGUCUCAACGCAAAAGUUGGAGGAAGCAGAAAACAAGCCCCAGACAGGACAGGUUCAUCCUUGUGUUGACAUAGAUAGUAGUGAACUAAUGAUGCGAAGAUGUUUGCCUUGUAGUAAUAAUGGUUUUGCAGAGAUGUAUGGGGUUUGGAAGGUCUGUAACAAGAACGGUCAGGUGAAAGAGGAGUCACUAGCAGUGUUAUAGGUAGCUUUGAUUUUAGGUUGGACGGAAUCGAGAAUAUGACAAGAGAGGAGAGUUCCUGGUUUGCAUCUCUCUCGUCUCAUCUAUUCUUGCCGCCUGCGGCCUGCAGGCGCUCUCUGUUCCCUUUUGCCUUUGGCAGGCCAGCACUGUGCCAAACCAGAAGAUGUACCGUAUCAUAUCAUAUCUGAAAAGUGAAUCCAAGCAAGAAUUUUUGAAAGGG